AUGGGAUCUGGUCGACCAGGGGGUGGUAUUGGCAGUGGAAUGGGGGGAGGAAAUUGUGGAUCGGGACCGACUAUGGCCACGAGACGUGGCCAGAAUGCAAAUAUCAUCCCUCUGAAGAACCACUCCAUGUACAUCCAACUGUCGGGAGAUGAUGACAUUGAGUCACUUAAGCGGGACUAUUACAAGUUGUCCAAUGACUACGAGACAUUUGCACAGCAACAAUAUGCAUUUGCACAGGCGCUGGAGGAGGCCAGACAGACUCAGAUGCAAUGUGGAAGCAGAAGUGGUACUGCAGAAAUCACCAACAUGGAGGCUGUGGAACAAUACGUGCUGGACAAGGACGCCAAACACGCCGUCAAUCUGAGAGUGGCGAGACAGUUCAUCUGUCUGCACGGUCAAUUCGAAGACUACUACUUCAAGAUGCAAGACUACUUCGACAGGACCUUCACGGCUGCAGUGAGAAAGAACCUAGACACCUCUAUUGCUCAGAGCCUCCUGUCGAGAAUAAGAGACUUCCUCGGAAAGAGGUUCAACUUCUUCGAACUCAGGGUCGACUAUCCGUACCAACAGGUUUACAGACUUGGAGUAGAGGAGGCUAGGAAGCACUUUGGAGGAGCUGUGAGUUACCUCCCCAUAGCACUGGAGAUCAUGUCCUGUGCGAGGAAGGAACUGGCCCGGCUGACCAAGAUACUCGAGCAGGGCAUAGACGAAGAACCACCUGUUGUCAAAACAGUUCCGAAAGAGAGCAGACCCGGUACUGAUUUCAUCGCGAGGAACAAGAAGUUUGUGGACACUGCAGAUCUGACGGAGAAGUUGAGGAUUCUCAAUGGAAAAUACUGUGCCCGAUGUGCUCUUCCAAGAAGAGGGAAAGGUGGAGAUUGCUUCCCUUUUGAACCCCAGCGACCAUGGAAGGGGGCGGGACGACAUUCAUGGAACUACGCCGCCACCAAGUAUUGUGCAUGUUCGGACAGUUGCCACGACAACUCUAGUAGCUUCUGUGGACGACUGUGUCACUAG